GAAGUGGCGAAGGGAGCAGUAGUGUCUUGGGUGUUGUUAGUGGAAGGUUACGUCUCUAAAUUUUCGUGUGGCUGUAAGAACCAAAGUUAAUAUCAAUGAAGACAAGAUGAACCCGUACCAAUACCAGGCUCCUCCCUCUGGUAUCGAGCUCGUGCCGCGGCCUCAGAAGAUGAAGAUCACGGUGCGCGCCGUGAGCGGGGGCGCGGGCGGCCACGGGCGGAGCGGCACGGCGGGGCAGCUGGUGGGCUUGGCCGUCGGGAUAUUUUUCGGCUUUGUGAUAACGGCGGCUUUCCGGCAGCUGAUGCUGAAGCCGCACAUGUGCUUGUCGUCGAGGAACGUGCCGGUCUAUGACGACACGGCCGAGGCCUUCCGGAUAAUCGGCCACGACCCCAAGAGAAACGUGCACAACAGUGAUAAGAAUUUAGUGUUCGUGGGGGUGAUGACGGCCAACAUGUACCUGGGCAGCCGCGCCAAGGCGGUGUUCGAGACGUGGGGCAAGCACCUGCCGGGCAAGAUCGCCUUCUUCUCGUCCGAGGCGUCCACCACCGACGUCGACAUCCCGCUGAUCCGCCUGCGGGGCGUCGACGACUCGUACCCGCCGCAGAAGAAGUCGUUCAUGAUGCUCAAGUACAUGGCCGACCACUUCGCCGACCACUUCGAGUACUUCAUGCGCGCCGACGACGACGUGUACAUCCGGCCGGACAAGCUGGAGGCCUUCCUGCGCUCGGUGAACAGCACGCGCGCGCACUUCAUCGGGCAGGCGGGCAAGGGCAACCAGGAGGAGUUCGGCCACUUGGCCCUCAAGGACGACGAGAACUUCUGCAUGGGCGGCCCCGGCGUCGUCAUGAGCCGCAAGACGCUCCUGCAGGUGGCGCCGCACAUCAGGGACUGCCUCAAGAACCUCAGGUCGACGCAUGAGGACGUCGAGGUGGGGCGCUGCGUCAGGAAGUACGCGAAGGUCCCCUGCACGUGGUCGUACGAGAUGCAGAGUAUCCUUUACCACAACAGCAGCGGCACCGAGGCUUUCACGGGGCCCCUCAAGCAACGAGAGGUGCAUCGUGCAAUCACCCUUCACCCUAUCAAGAAUCACACGUAUCUCUAUCGUCUCCAUUAUUACAUCCAGAGUCUAAGCAUCAAGUCCAAAGAAGCAGAGUUGGUGCGCACGAUAAGGGAAUUAUACAAGACCAGCGAGGAAGUGGGGACAAUGAUGCCGAACCUUGACUCCCCUGCUAAAGGCGUCUUCCUCAACCAUUUGAGUACGGAUGCAACCCUUCAGAAAUGGUCUCCAGAUCUAGAAGAGGAAGUCAAUGCAUGGGAUUUUGUGAGCAGGGCAGCUUUUUGCUUGGGAGACGCCAACCCUCGCCAUAAGCCAACCUCGGGUAUGAACGAGGGGUUGGAGGAUGUGAUAAGAGAUGUCAUGGAGAUUAUAAACAAAGUUUCCAAAGAACGUGGGAGAGUGAUUGAUUUCAAAGAGAUACUGUACGGGUAUAUCAGAUGGCACCCUAGUCAUUCCAUCGAAUAUAUCAUAGACAUGUUGUUACUCUAUAAAAAGUACCGAGGCAAGAAAAUGACAGUUCCUGUAAGGAGACAUGCUUACCUUCAGGUUCCUCUCGGACCAUUAUAUGUCCGUGAAUACGAAAGUCUCAGGCCAGAGACUGACGUUGCCCCUACGUCAGGAAUCCAAGACUUUGUUGAAGUAGUGGUGAAGAAAAGUCUUAAGGAUUUUUCUAGUCUUCACUAUCAGAUCCCACAUGCAGGAUCGACAGCACAACAGAAACCAAAGAAAAUUCAUUUUAUCCUACCCCUUGCUGGUCGGUUUAGCAUCUUCCAAAGAUUUAUGGAUGAUUUCAAACGGGUAUGUCUAGAAGGAGAAGAAAAUGUGCGUUUAGUAGUGGUGUCCUUCCGCCCUCCGCCCGGCCAGGAGGACACGACGGAGAAUGUUGAGGCUGUCAUUUCCAGCCUUCAGUUGGACUAUCCUGAUGUUCCUAUGAGUGUACUACAGGCAAACACAAGUUUUGCUCGAGCUUUAGCCUUAGAGUUGGGUGCUGGCCAGUGCGAGGAAAAUGACCUGAUGUUCUUCAUCGAUGUGGACAUGACCUUCACUCAUGGUGCUCUUGAUAGGAUCCGAUUACAUACAGUACAGGGAAUCCAGAUAUAUUAUCCUAUAGUUUUUAGUGAGUUUGAUCCCAGUGUAACAAGAAAGGGAGGCAAAGAAGAAACAUAUGACCACAAUUUGAUUGAUGAAGAAGUGGGAUAUUGGAGAGCGUUUGGAUUUGGAAUUGUAUCAAUGUACAAGUCUGAAUUGCUAAUGGCAGGUGGCCUAGAUACUUCCAUUCUUGGAUGGGGUCAAGAAGACGUUGACCUAUUUGAGAAGGUGCUGAAGAAAAAAAUCCAGGUAUUUCGAGCAGCUGACCCUGGCCUAGUCCAUAUUUUCCACCACGUUGACUGUGAUCACAACCUCGUCACGAACCAAUACCAGAUGUGCCAAGGGACGAGAUACAGUACCUAUGGUGCUACACAUUCCCUCGCCAAAACCAUCAUUGACAAUCCAGAAAUCCUAGCGUACAAGAGACGAAACUCGUAGUCAUUAUUUUUGUAUAUCCAAUAAUUUAACAAGCGUUAUUUUUUAUAAUUUAUUGCCCCCCGAGGCUUACGUAGGUGAAUAAGGACAGUGAAAGCUCUCACUGUGUCGAGGAAAGGGAGGCAUUCCUAUCCCACGGACAAGAAUAAUUGUCAUGACUUUUAGGUUUUAGGUUUUUUAUUCUUCGAAUCCAGAUGUUCUUUGACCAACUCCUCUUUUUAUAUACUGUUCACUGAUUUUAAGGAAGAAUGUUACCAUACUUGGUUUAAUUAGUUUAAGAACAAACUCAGAGACGAAUGACAAUGUGCGAUGCAGCUGGUAUUUUAUUGAUAGCCAUUUACGUUUCCGUAUGCUGAAGAUUCAGAUAUUUUUAGGACUUUUUCCAAUUUUCUGCACUUAAACUAUUUAUUGUUAU